AUUCGCCGCGAUGGAUAAAAAAAUCUUGAAUCUAAGUUUUAAAAAUGAAAUCGAUAAUCUUAUUUCUUAUCUUGAUACUGUCGAAAUCAAACAGAUAGCAAAUUUGGUCAAAUCUUAUUUGAAGGAUGAAGCAAAAUUCUUUGACGAACACAAAGGAUGCUUUGCAAUGAUACGUGCCCUGUUUAAAG